GGGCAGGAGGGAAUGGGAUAUGUGGCGGAGCGCAAGGGGCGCAAGCUACAGGGCUGCAGGGGUACAGGGACGUUAGUCUAGCUCUGGUCUAGCCUCCGGAGCGGGGUGCCGCCGGCGCGUUGGCGGUCUCCCUCGCAUUUACCGUUGUCUAGCCUUUCCCGACUGACACGGCAUGACGUUUGUAAGCAUCCAGUCAAGUAUACUAUGGUGUCGAAAUAGGUGAAUAAUCAUAAACGUUUCGGCCGUGGCUUUGUGAAGUCCGUGAGCAUCGUUGACUGGCGUGAAAGAAGUCGACGGAUACAGCGUGCGUCUGCCUUCGGCAGUGAACAGGCUGCCAUUAGCACAGUUUCGGUAAAAUGAUUAAAGCGAAGUGCACGUGGAAGGUUCAAGGCGACCGUCCUGUGUCUGACGCAAUUGUAUACUUCGAAGACAAUGAAAACAUUGACCUCGAAGACGCAAUUUCUGCUGAAAAUUGUGUCCAGCUGGAAGCACCAGUAGAUGAUGAUGUCACUGGUAACUACAUUGUACCAGCCUGCCAAGUAUUCUUGUUCUGUGGUGAGACACAUCAGAUGAGCAGCGUGUCUAUUCUGUCCGAGGCAAGGGUCAUAGAAGUCUAUGGUUACCAUGGAGAAUACUUAAGCACCCUGAAAAAUGAACUUAUGGAGGAAGUGGAUGGCAUGUCUGUAUUUCGAGGCGACCUUAAACUUACAAGACCUUUGAAAGAAUGCUGCUUGAAAUUCAUCCCUCUGAAGUCUAAAGAUUCGAUGUGGCUGUAUGGAAUCAAAGUGGUGGUUCAGGAAAAACCAAGGCCAGACACACUACAGUUGUUUCCAACUUCAAUGCCUCUAAAAGAUGUUGAAGAGAGGCUAGAAGCUUCAGGGGCACAGCUGAGUGAGAAAGCCGAGAGCCUUAAGCGAAUGAUGGAACUAUUUCAGGGAACCACCGGUAUGCUGUCUGCAGCUGCGAUGUCACCUGUUUUUGCUGGCUUUUCAACAUUAUCACGUGGAGCACCGCAGCAAGUUCCAGAUGGCAUGGCACAGUUUUACAACAUGUUUCAAAAUGCUGGUCUGAAAUCACAAAUGCAGCCAACACCUACGAAGCAAGCACCCAAGCCUCCGCUAGCUGCUGAGUCGGCUAGAGAGGCUGUGCUGCCAACACCAAGUGGCACAGGAGCUGUUGAGACUGGCCAGGAUGGGCUUCUUGCAGGCAUACUAAAGCUUCUGGAGAAUCACACAGCCAAGCAACAACCUCAGUAUGAACCUCUACCACAGGCUGUAGCAAAGGCUAAAGUAAGUGGAUCAGAGUCAGCAUCCUUGGACAAGGAAUUUAUCCUGGAGCUUCUUGAGAAAUCUGGUGUUCUGAACAAGCAAACGGCCACUGUACUUCUUGCAGAAAUCAUUCAGAAAACUGGAGCCACAGUACAGCUAAACCAGUCACAUGGAGAUGCUGAAAAAAAGUCUACCAAUGUUCCUGCUGAAGGUGUUGCAGCGGGACAGCCUGAAGUUGCAGCUGAAGAGACAAUACUCAAGGUGACAUCGAGGGCAAUUGGGACUGAUAACGAGCCAUCCAAGGAGGCUGGUUCACAGACUGAUCAGCCUGAACCUGUGCCAACAGCCAACCAAGAACCACAGCUGGUACCAGCAGCACUAACAAUGGAAACCCUUCAAAUGCAAAGGGAGGAAACGCGUGAUGUGGUCGGAGCCUUGUUUCAAGGUCUGCAAGAUCAGCUACUGAAUCUUGUCGACCGACGCUUUGAAGAACUGAAAGUUGAAAUGGUCCAAAAACUGGACGGGAAAAUUCAAGAAAUGGAAGACCGUAUAAAUGCACGCUUUGAUGCCAUCAUAGAUGCUCUUCAGGGUCAAGAGGAGGAUGAAGAAAUAUUUGAACAGCCUGAGGAAGGCUCUGUUUGAGAACGCUGCUUCAGUGCGCGCUUGUGUGUGGCUGUGUGUGGCUGUGUGCGAGGAUCGGAACUGCUUUAUUUAUUGUGGUGUGUUGGCGUUGUGGAUUGCCUACUGUUGUACAAGAAGCUUCGUUUAAGCAGCUGGCCGAAGUUGCAUGACGAAUUUAUUAGAAACACGCUCGCUAGUUUACUCGUAUUCUUGUGCGCACCGCCAACUUGGCCCGUUUCCGCGUUUUCAUUGUCUCCUUGGUGUUGUGUAAUACGUUUGCGGAUGAUGGCGUGCCACCCUCUAGCAGUGCAACGUUUUCGGGUCGUUAAUUUUUUUACCGAGGUAGCGCUAAAAUUUCACCUGAUUCUAUUAUAUUCACCUGGCGCUGUAGGCACAUGUUGGUCGGCUCGUGCUCAGUCUCUGAACGUCACUGACCUGUACACUUAUGACGCUUUCGAGUGGGCGAGGAGGAUCGAGCGCCUUUUAACUGAAAAAAGCUGGCAGACUCUACUGCUAACAGUAGGUAUGGGCUCUCGACUCUUGAAUGCGCUUAGAAACUACCACGUGAGUUAGAGAACAUAUAUUAGGAGGCGGUACCACGCUGUUCUGGAACCACAAGGGACGACACACAUCGUACACGGUCAUGAUUCUUUUCUAGCUUCUUUGCGAUCUUCUGCCUGGUGUUUUCACGCGGCCUUUACUCAGUCCUCUUCGAGUUGCUGCAAAAUAUUAAAGGGCCCCUCACCAAGCCUCAUUGCAAAUGUUGGUUGUAUACGCUUGAAGUUAGUGGGACGCCGUCGAAGGAGCGUUUUUUUUUUUUUUUUUUUCAAAUCGCUCCAUCAUUGGAGGAGGUAGAAGAAAUCGAACUGUGCUCUCCGACUUCGUGUCGACUAGCGAUCUCUAGCAGCGUUCCGCCCUUCCCUUACCUGUGCCGAGGGAGCCGUGUCACGUUUACUCCAUGAACCCCGUCGCUUUUUAAAGGCAUAAGCAUUAGAAUUGUCAGUGGAAAAAAGAUGUAUGAAGUAUGGGAAGCAAGUCACGGUGUGUGUGUGUGUGUGUGUGUGUGUGUGUGUGUGUGUGUGUGUGUGUGUGUGUGUGUGUGUGUGUGUGUGUGUGUGUGAGAGAGAGAGAGAGUGUGUGAAAACGAAAAGACAGGGGAAACCGAGGAGCCCGAUUUUUAUUAGUCAUAAGAAGCCAACAAUGACACCAAGGACAGAUAGGGGAAAUUAUCAUUAUGUAUAUACAGGGUGUCCCAGCUAACUUGGACCAAGAUUUUAAAAAUACCCUAGAGCUCUAGAGAAAUCGUACCUACUGCAUAGUAGCCGUAGUCGUAUGUACCUACGGCCAGCAUUUUUUUCAUCACAAAGUAUUAAUUACUUUUAAUUAGUGAACUUCGUAAUUAUUGUUUGAAUCGCAAACAAAUCAAUUACCAAGUUGUAGGGCACCUUAAAUAACCUCCGAAUUAAGCAUUUAUUUCGUGCUGAAAUAAUCCUGGUUGUUUUUCUUUCAAAAAAAAAAACAAAAGCCCGCGAAAUACGAAAAAGAUGCGCACUCGGACGCCGCUACCACGGUGUACGAAUAUACUUCUUACACCGUGGCCGCUACUCAAGCGCCUACAAGCAACCAUUGAAAUAUAUACUGCUGCAUUCUCUUAUCGCCGCAUCGUAGAAGGCUCCGCAACGCUUACCAAUGCGUCAGCGGCGUGUUCUCUUGAUGCCGCGACCAUCGCAUAGCGUGAAGCCCUGUAUCGAGCUGCCGCCGCUAGUAAAGCCGUGUAUCCGUGGCUAUUCGCUUGGGAGCGCUUGAGUAGCGGCGCGCGAGCGCGUAUCUAUUUCGUAUUUUGGAUGUUUCGCGCGCUUUUUUUUUUUUUUUUUCGGAAAAACCAACGAGGCAAAGCUGAGCACUAAACAAAUGCUUGAUUCGGAGGUUAUUUGAGGUGCCCAACAACUUUGUAAUUGAUAUGUUUGCGAUUCAAGCAAUAAUUUAAAAGUUCGCUAAUUAAAAUUAAUUAAUACUUCGUGAUGAAAAAUAUAUACUGGCCGUAAGUACAUACGACUACGGCUACUAUGCAGUCGGUACGAUUUCUCUAGAGCUGCACGAGGUCGCGGGAUCGAAUCCCGGCCACGGCGGCCGCAUUUCGAUGGGGGCGAAAUGCGAAAACACCCGUGUGCUUAGAUUUAGGUGCACGUUAAAGAACCCCAGGUGGUCAAAAUUUCCGGAGUCCUCCACUACGGCGUGCCUCAUAAUCAGAAAGUGGUUUUGGCACGUAAAACCCCAAAUAUUAUUAUUAUUCUCUAGAGCUCCUGGGUAUUCUUAAAAUAUUGGUCCAAGUUAGCUGGGACACCCUGUAUAUAGUGCAACUGAGGGUGCUCUGCUGCGGACCACCGUAAGUUGCACCUGUGGCCCGCAGAGCGGCUCCCUUGCAAGGAAGUGCGCGCGGCCUUCUAUGUGAGAUUUCCACCGCCUUUGCGCCACGCAGCCAUUUCAUAGUUUACAGGCACCAUCGUCACCGGGGGACCUACGCGUAGCGCUUGUUUGUUUGCAAUGCCCAAAGCUGGUGAGGGACCCUUUUCAAAUCAGCCCCCCAGAUCCGCAUGUCCUAUAUUGCAAAACCGUCGUUGCUCAAGAUUGUAUUUUUUUUUCUUCUUUUUCGAAAAUAUUUAAGAACAUAAGGCUUAGAUUCUCUUAAGAUUCUACACUGUGUAUAGCACACUGGCAUACAUGGGAUGCUCCUCGCUCCAGUAAGGCGUCGCGCUGGAUGGUAAAUCACGGGAAAGUACAUAUGUUGACGAAUGUGGUGGGGCCCUAAGUCCGCAACAUGCGAGUCGAGCGCGUAGGGUGAAAUCAGGUUCAAUGCCCGCCGUGGUUGCUUAGUGGCUAUGGUGUUGGGCUGUUAAGCACGAUGUCGCGGGAUCGGUUCCGGCCACGGCGGCCGCAUUUCGAUGGCAAAAGCAUUCGUGUACUUAGAUGUAGGUUCACGUUACAGAACCCCAGGUGGUCCAAAUUUCCGCGGUCCCCCCCCCCCCCCCCCCCCCCCCCCUAUGGCGUGCCUGAUAAUCGGAAAGUAGUUUUGGUACGCAAAACCCCAUAAUUUAAUUUUAAGUCAGGUUCAGCGAGAUAAAAACGGUAAAAAAUGAUGACUAUAGGAAAAAGAACGUCGGGCACGUCUGGCUUUGUCGUCGUCUGCUUUGAUUGAAAAUGGAAAAUCGCGGUUCACAGCGCUUUUCAUGAUUGUGUUCUGCGAGUUACCCUGCCCGCGUAUCGUGCAUAUCUUUCGGCAGGCAGUAGACGGACGACGCACAGGAGUCCCAACUUCGGCGCUCCUUCAGCGAGACGUUUUUUUUUUCUUUUUCUUUCUUUCUUUUUUUUUUUUUUUUUUUUUUUUAGUGCACUGAAGUCUGAUUCAGUUGGCACGUUUGAAAUUGCCGUUAAAAAAACAAAGGUGGUGGUGGACUGAGGCAGUAUAGAGAUUUACGAUCACUUUUGGAAUUUACCUUACAGAUAGGCAAAACGGCUCACUUCCACUUCGGUGAGCGGCUCGGAACGACUCGGCUCUUUGAAUUGAACCGGCUAAUUUGUACGACUCACUGGUUCACUUAAAUCUGGAACCUGUGUUAUGCAUAGUCUAGCUAUUUGGCUUGGAAAAAUUAAUUGCAAAUGCGUUGCUAGAAUGAGCGUGUUAUAGGCAUUUUGGUUAUGCUUGAUGACUUUAGUAAUUUAUUAUUUUAAAGGCGCGAAAUUUUCACAUCGAUGAAAUUUUAUUUUCCUACAUUGGCGAUAGAAUGCUUGUGAUACUGUAACCGAUAUGCCAAUGACUAGGCGGCAUUCACUCGCGCCUCGCCGUGCUGACGAAAGUGCGGCGCUGGCAAAACGCGAGCGUACAUGUACAGUGCAAGCGAAUGUUCGCAAACCGUGAUGCUUGAGCGAUCUUGCUUCUCUGAGGGGCCGUGAGCCAGUGAGGUGAGCGGAGCUACACUGGCUGCACUCUAGCGGAGCGGGGGGAGAGCGACGGCAGAGGACAGAAACAGACCGGUAGCCGAGUUAGCGCCGAGCUGACUGGAACGAACGUAGUCGAACGGUUGGAACGCAGAAAAAGACCGAGAACUGCCGAAAUCGCACCCAGAAAAGCCGGGCCCGGCACGGCUUCCUCUCUAAAAAGCCGCGGCUCACUUUCACUGAACCAUGGCUGACUUGUUCUUUAAAACGUGCGACUCAAAAGAUCCGGCUCGCUCCUGAGCGACCCAUCUCUACUUUAGGCUCGUAUAGCACUAUCAGCGUUUCCUUUGUGUGUGUACCAAUGCCGCGGUUCUUUGCUGGAGUUGCCUGUCUAUUGUGAACCAUGUGCCUUCGGGACAAACAAAACGAGAAGCUUGACAACAAUGUGAAGAUGAGAUCGUUUGUGCAAGUUGUUGCUUUAAAAACAUCAAACUGGACAUAUACGUGAAGACGCAACCCAUGCACUGGUAUGCUAUCAUGUCAUCGAGGACAGUCUUUCAACUCCUGAAGACAGCGGUUUGUAGAUGCGUCUGUGCACGGACGGAAGUACUGCAUAAGUAAGUGUGCCUUAUCCUACGCUAUCUUUUUUAGCCGUCGUGGCCUUAUUGCACUGGUAAAGUUUAAGUGCCAAACAAGAUUUCAUAGCAUUUUAAAGUCACGCGCAAUAAAGUGUUUUUUAGCAUGGAA